UAAGACCAAAAAGGGUUCAUCUGCUUCCCACUUGCCACUUCCCCGGUCCCCUUCGACUCCCUCUCUCUCUCGAUCCCUCUCGAAUCUUCUUUUAUCGUAGCAGGGUAAAACAUUGCUCUGGCGGAUUUUAAUCAAGCAUAAGCGCCACCGCCGUUUUUCUUCAGAAUUUGAGAAGACUCUUUGAUUGGUGAUUUGAGAAAUGGAGGGAGGUCAGGAGCAGCAAAAUCAAUCGCUCGGUGAAGAUGGUGAAAGUGAAAUCAUUGCUGAAAGUGCUUCAGUUGUGCAUGGAGAACUUCCUCAAGAUGGUCAUAGGCCACCAAAAGUUGACUCUGAAGUGGAAGUUCUUCAUGAGAAAGUCACUAAGCAAAUUAUCAAGGAAGGUCAUGGUCAGAAGCCAUCCAAAUAUUCAACAUGCUUUUUGCACUAUAGGGCAUGGACUGAAAGCACCCAGCACAAGUUUGAAGACACAUGGCAGGAACAGCGACCAAUCGAGUUGGUAUUAGGAAAAGAGAAAAAAGAAAUGACAGGUCUGGGCAUUGGUGUGUCCAGCAUGAAGUCUGGUGAACGUGCACUACUCCAUGUGGGGUGGGAACUAGGCUAUGGGAAAGAAGGAAGCUUUUCUUUCCCAAAUGUUCCACCAAUGGCAGAUAUUCUCUAUGAACUUGAACUCAUUGGUUUUGACGAAACCAAAGAAGGAAAAGCUCGUAGUGAAAUGACAGCAGAGGAGAGGAUUGGUACAGCUGAUAGAAGAAAGAUGGAUGGAAAUGCUUUGUACAAAGAGGAAAAACUGGAGGAGGCUAUGCAACAGUAUGAAAUGGCCAUUGCUUAUAUGGGGGAUGACUUCAUGUUCCAGUUGUUCGGAAAGUACAGAGAUAUGGCUUUGGCAGUAAAGAAUCCAUGUCACCUUAACAUGGCAGCUUGCCUGAUAAAACUGAAUCGCUAUGAAGAAGCAAUUGCACAAUGCAGCAUUGUGUUGAUGGAGGAUGAAAACAAUGUUAAAGCACUAUUCAGACGAGGAAAAGCUAGAGCAGAACUUGGACAGACAGACGCUGCUCGAGAAGACUUUCUCAAGGCUCAGAAAUUUACUCCCGGGGACAAAGCAAUUGCAAGGGAGCUACGUUUACUUGCUGAACAUGACAAGGCUAUUUAUCAGAAGCAAAAAGAGCUCUACAAAGGAUUAUUUGGUCCAAGACCUGAGCCUAAACCGAAGAGAACCAACUGGCUAGUUCUCAUAUGGCAAUGGUUAGUAUCACUACUGUAUCGCAUUUUUAAGAGCGGGAGGCAGAAAGCUGACUAAGCCAUUUGUUUUCGGAAACGUGUUAACUGAGUGAUAGGCAAGUGAAACUGUUUAAUAAUAUUACAUUACAGUAACGCGGAAAGCAGACAUGGCUGUGACACUCUUUUUGUUUA